CCCGAGGCCCGGGCUCGCGACGGCCGAGGGCUCCGUCGGCCCAAACCGAGCUGGGCGCCCGCGGCCCGGGUGACGCCUCCGCUCCGCCCCCCUCCGCACCUUCCCCGGCCCCCGACGUCGCGCCCUUCCCUCGCUUCUCUUUGCUCCCCUCUCCCCUCUCCGGCCUCUGGUCCCGGCCCCGCUCUUUCUUCCGCAGCCUUCCCUUGGCUCCCUCCCGCCCCCCCCAGCUCCUUGCCUCCGACUCCCUCCCCCUCCACGCCCGCCCUCUCGCCUUCGCCGUCCCGAAGUGGAUUAAUUAUACGCUUUCUGUUUCUCUCUGCGCUGCUCUCUCCCGCUGUGCGCCUGCCCGCCUCUCGCUGUCCUCUCUCCCUCUCGCCCUCUCUUCGGCCCCCCCUUCUCACGUUCUCUCUGUCUCUCUUACUAUCUCUGCCCCCCUCUAUCCUCGAUACAACAGCUGACCUCAUUCCCCGAUACCCUUUCCCCCCCUAAAAGUACAACAUCUGGCCCGCCCCAGCCCGCAGACAGCCCGUCCUCCCCAGACAAUCAGACGAGAUUCCCCCCCAAAACAAGCCAUCCCCCCGUUCUGCCCCGUCGCGCAUUCGGCCCCCGCGACUCGGCCAGAGCGGCGCUGGCAGAGGAGUGUCCGGCAGGAGGGCCAACGCCCGCUGUUCGGUUUGCGAUACGCAGCAGGGAGGUGGGCGGCGGCUGCGCCGGCUUCCAGAUACCAAUGGGGAUCCCAGUGCGGAAGUCGAUGCUCGUGCUGCUCGCCUUCUUGGCUUUCGCCUCGUGCUGCACUGCUGCUUACCGCCCCAGUGAGACUCUGUGUGGCGGGGAGCUGGUGGACACCCUCCAGUUUGUCUGUGGGGACCGCGGCUUUUACUUCAGCAGGCCCGCGAGCCGCAUGAACCGCCGCAGCCGUGGCAUCGUGGAAGAGUGCUGUUUCCGCAGCUGCGACCUGGCCCUCCUGGAGACCUACUGUGCCACCCCCGCCAAGUCCGAGAGGGACGUGUCGACCCCUCCGACCGUGCUUCCGGACGACUUCCCCAGAUACCCCGUGGUCAAGCUCUUCCAGUACAACGCCUGGAAGCAGUCCACCCAGCGCCUGCGCAGGGGCCUGCCUGCCCUCCUGCGUACCCGUCGGGGUCGCCUGCUCGCCAAGGAGCUCGAGGCGUUCAGAGAGGUCCAGCGCCAACGUCCCCUGAUCGCCGUGCCCACCGAGGACCCCGCUCCCCACGGGGCCGCCUUUGUCGAGGUGUCCAGCAAUCUGCAGUGAGCCAAAUUGUUGUAAUUCUGCGAAAUGGCACCGUCCACCUUGUGCCCUCCUCUUGACCAGGGCCCUUACCACCGGGCCAGCCUCUGAAAUCUCUCUGUACCAUCCCCCUGAGCGGGCUUCCCCCCCAGCCCCCCCUGUCCCAACCUCCUCAUGUCAGGCUCUUCCCUUCGGCCCCCUCCAUCGGGCUGAGGGAAUCAUAGCACCAUCUUCCAAAACGUACAAAACCGAUUGGCUUUAAAUAUCCCCCCAAAAUUAUCCCCCCAGAAUUAUCUCCAAAUUACACAACAAAAAAUUGAAACCAUGAGACCCCCUAAAUCACAUACACACACACACACACCAGCCCCCUUAAAACUAAUUGGCUU